CACGACUCCUCCUUCCUAAAGUGAAAGAGUUUUUCUUUCAGCCUCAACUACAUUUUGUGGAGCGAUUGGAAAAGUCAAGAAAAUAGGGCAGAAACGGAGGUAUUAAUGUCACACAACAAGGACCGUUAACUAAAGGAGUGUGAUCCAUUCCAUCAGAAGAGAUCAGAGUCUUCAGGACUCAGCUGUGUGUUUGUGUAAACAUUACUAAUAUUUAAAGAUGGAGACUCCUGAUCUGGACACAGAUAAUGUUUCUACACCAUCAAACAACUGUAAACCCCAGAGAAAGAGAUCAGAAUCACCAACACACAGCUGUAUCUCCAUGAAGAGUGACCAGUCUAUGCAUCGUCCUCUGAACUUUAAAGAUAGAGUCUCAUCACUUCUACACAGUAAACUCCAGAGAAAGAGAUCAGAAUCACCAACAAACAGCUGUAUCUCCAUGAAGAGUGACCAGUCUAUGCAUCGUCCUCUGAACUUUAAAGAUAGAGUCUCAUCACUACUGCACAGUAAAAUCCAGAGAAAGAGAUCAAAAUCACCAACACACAGCUGUAUCUCCAUGAAGAGUGACUGGUCUUUGGAUCAUCCUCCUGUGUUUAAAAAUGGAGACUCAUCACUUCUACACAGUUUUCUACAGAAGACAGGAAACAGUACAGAAAAGAAGAUCACAGAUACAGGGCAGGACCCAGAAUUUGCUGCUUUAAAUGAAUUCAAGAAAAAGUUCAAAUUAAAUCUAAUGAAGACAUUUCAGUGUUUGAAUGGAGUGAUAAUAAACCUGGGAACCCAAACACUCCUGAAUGAGAUCUACACAGAGCUCUACAUCACAGAGGGAGACAGUGGAGAAGUCAAUAAUGAACAUGAGGUGAGACAGAUCGAGGCAGCAUCCAGGAGAAGAACAACAGAGGAAACACCAAUCAAAUGCAACGACAUCUUUAAGCCUUUAUCUGAACAAGACAAACCCAUCAGAACUGUGCUGACAAAGGGAGUCGCUGGCAUCGGAAAAACAGUCUCUGUGCAGAAGUUCAUUCUGGACUGGGAUGAAGGGAAAGUAAAUCAGGACGUCCAACUCAUAUUUCCACUUCCUUUCAGAGAGCUGAACUUGAUGAAGGACCAGAAACUGAGUCUGAUGGAGCUCCUUCAUGUCUUUUUUACGGAAACAAAAGAAACAGAAACAUUCAGUUUGGGAAAGGUUCUGUUCAUUUUUGACGGAUUGGACGAGUGUCGUUUUCCUCUAGAUUUACAGAACACAGUGAGAGUGUGUGAUGUAACUGAAUCAGCAUCAGUGCCUGUGCUGCUGAUAAACCUGAUCAAAGGGAAUCUGCUUCCUUCUGCUCUCAUCUGGAUCACCUCCAGACCUGCAGCAGCUGAUCAAAUCCCCUCUGAGUGUGUGGCUCGAGUAACAGAGGUACGAGGGUUCAAUGACCCACAGAAGGAGGUGUACUUCAGGAAAAGGAUCAGUGAUCAGAGCCUGGCUAAUAAAAUCAUCACACACCUGAAGUCAUUAAGAAGCCUCUACAUCAUGUGUCACAUCCCAGUCUUCUGCUGGAUUUCAGCUACUGUUCUAGAGAGAAUGUUGGGUGAAGCAGAGAGUGGAGAGAUCCCCAAGACUCUGACUCAAAUGUACACACACUUCCUCAUCAUUCAGAUAAACAUCAUAAGAGAAAAAUAUUCAAAGAAGCAGGAGAGUGAUGAAGAAAUGCUUCUUAAACUGGGACAACUGGCUUUUCAGCAGCUGAUGAAAGGGAACCUGAUCUUCUAUGAUGAAGACCUGAGAGAGUGUGGUAUUGAUGUGAGAGAAGCAGCAGUGUACUCAGGUGUGUGUACUCAGAUCUUCAGAGAGGAGUUUGGGCUUCACCAGAGUAAAGUGUACUGCUUUGUUCAUCUGAGCAUUCAGGAGCAUCUCGCAGCUCUGUAUGUGCACCUGACCUUCAUGAAGGAGAAGAGAAAUGUUCUUAAACAGAAUCAAGAUUCUAACCGGUGGAUGAAAGAAAAUACAAUCUCAGAUGUACACAACAGUGCUGUAGAUCAUACUUUAAAAAGCCAGACUGGACAUCUGGAUAUUUUCCUUCGCUUUCUUGUUGGUCUCUCACUGGACUCCAAUCAUAAACUCAUACAUGUUUUACUAACACAGACAGGAAGUAACUCACAGAGCAUAAAGGAAACAGUUCAGUACAUUAAGGUGAAGAUCAGUGAAGAUCUUCCUACAGAGAAAUCCAUCAAUCUGUUCCACUGUCUAAAUGAACUGGGUGAUAAUUCUCUAGUGGAGGAAAUCCAACUCUACCUGAAAUCUGGAAAACAAAGUGAACUUUCUUCUUCACAUCUGUCUGCUCUGGUGUUUGUGUUACUGACAUCAGCACAGGAGCUGGAUGAAUUUGACCUGAGUAAAUAUUUCAGUACAGAUAAGAUAAGAGAAGAUGUUGUUCUGAAAAUGAUGCCUGUGAUUGAAGCAUCCAGUAAAGCAAUUAUCAGCUGUGAUUCACUUGGAGUAAAAAGUUGGUCAUCUCUGGUCUCAGUGCUCAGAUCAGAAACCUCCAAUCUGAGAGAACUUCAUCUGACUGUGAAAACACUUGAUCUGUCUUAUAAUAAAAUAGGAGACUCAGGAGUGAAGAUUCUCUCUGCUGUACUGGAGAAUCCUCACUGUAAAGUGGAGACACUGAAGUUGUGUAGUUCUGGUGUCUCAGAUGAAGGCUGUGCUGCUCUGACUUCAGCUCUGAGAUCAAACCCCUCAUAUCUGAGAUACCUGGAUCUGUCCAGGACUAAACUAGGAGACUCAGGAGUGAAGUGUCUCUCUGCUGUACUGGAGAAUCCUCACUGUAAACUGGAGACACUGAAGUUGUGUGAUUUUGGUGUCUCAGAUGAAGGCUGUGCUGCUCUGACUUCAGCUCUGAGAUCAAACCCCUCACACCUGAGAUACAUGGAUCUGUCCUAUAAUAAUCUAGGAGACUCAGGAGUGAAAAGUCUCUCUGCUGCACUGGAGAAUCUUCACUGUAAACUGGAGACGCUGAAUUUGUAUAAGUGUGGUGUCUCAGAUGAUGGCUGUGCUGCUCUGACUUCAGCUCUGAGAUCAAACCCCUCACACCUGAGCUACCUGGGUCUGUCCCGUAAUAAACUAGGACACUCAGGAAAGAAGAUGCUCUCUGAUCUUAAGGAUGAUAAACAUUACAAACUACAGACACUGAUGUGA